GCACGGGAAGCCCGAACGUAAAACAUUUCCAAUUUCGCAAAUACCUAUUAUGUAACAUUUAACGCGUUUAGUUUUUUUUUUCUAAUAUCCAUACGAAUUAACGAAAAUCAAAAUGUCGAACGAGAAAAGGAGAUAUACGCAAUUUUACAAAAGUUAAAUUAAAUUGAGGCACAAAUAAAAAAAAAAUGAACCAAACCAUGACCGUCCAGUUGAAAACUAGUUCCAAAUGAGCGCCGAUAGAUGGUGCUGUUCUAAGACUAUGAAAUUUUAUACGUUUUUUGUUAUGUGACCCACGGAUGGCUUCCAAAAUGGAUAGUGGGUCGGCGACAACGACUGAGGCCUACCAAUACGUAGGGCCCUUCCGGCUGGAGAAAACCUUAGGGAAGGGGCAAACAGGUCUAGUCAAGCUCGGGGUACAUUGCGUGACGGGAAAGAAAGUGGCCAUCAAGAUUAUCAACAGAGAGAAACUCAGCGAAUCUGUGUUGACGAAGGUCGAAAGGGAAAUAGCUAUAAUGAAAUUAAUUGAGCAUCCCCACGUGCUCGGACUGUCCGACGUUUAUGAAAAUAAGAAAUAUUUGUAUCUAGUUUUAGAGCACGUAAGCGGAGGCGAGCUGUUCGACUACUUAGUGAAGAAGGGCCGACUCACGCCGAAAGAGGCUCGGAGAUUUUUCAGACAAAUUAUAUCCGCCCUAGAUUUCUGUCAUAGUCACUCGAUUUGCCACAGGGACUUAAAGCCGGAGAACUUGCUCCUAGACGAACGGAACAACAUCAAGAUUGCAGAUUUCGGGAUGGCCUCCCUCCAGCCGGCCGGGUCGCUGCUGGAAACUUCUUGCGGGAGUCCGCAUUACGCUUGCCCCGAAGUCAUACGGGGUGAGAAAUACGAUGGUCGGAGGGCGGACGUCUGGUCGUGCGGUGUCAUCUUGUACGCACUUCUCGUCGGUGCGCUGCCUUUUGACGAUGAUAAUUUACGUCAAUUACUUGAAAAGGUGAAACGAGGAGUGUUUCACGUGCCGCACUUUGUACCACCUGACUGCCAACAACUACUGCGUGGAAUGAUAGAAGUGAAUCCGGAGAAGAGAAUGACUUUGGCAGAGAUAACGAGACAUCCAUGGGUAACUGCCGGCGGACGAGGAGAACUCGAACAAGAGUUGCCAAUGAUGGAAGUUGUUCAAACUAGAGUACUGCCUUCAGCUGAUGCUGUUGAUCCUGAUGUUUUACAGGCAAUGUGCAGCUUAGGUUGUUUCAAGCAAAGAGAGAAGCUGGUGCAAGAACUGUUAAGUCCGCAUCACAACACGGAGAAGGUGAUAUACUUUUUGCUGCUGGAGCGGAAGCGCAGGCGUCCGGCGCGCGAGGACGAGGCUCGGCCUCCGCCCCCCGCCGCGCCCCCCGCCACCGCUGCCGCCCCCGACCCCCCACGGAAACGGCUCGACACCUGUCGGGUGAACGGACAGUCUGUUCAUUUCGGGCAGAUUAGUGAGGGAUCGCCCAUCACUCCGAGAAGGUCUCAGUUGAGGUCAUCAUCGAGUCGACGUACUGAGGGACGAAGUUCACCGCAGCUGUCCGCCAGCCCACCAGCUGGCCACACACCACAUCGCGUGUCGUCGUUGGGAGGAACGCCGGCAACACCGGGUUCGCCAUUAGCGUCGCCUUCCGUCCGGGAGCACCAUCACCAGAGAGCGAACUCUACUGGACCGACGAUCAGCCUCAAUAUCGGUGGCGAGCCCGGGGAGGCGGUGAUCAUUGUAAACGAGACCCCGUCUGGCCCGGCCGUCGCUGCCAGGCCGCACAGCCCGACGCAGUCACACCGAGUCAGAGAGCGGUCGUCCCUCCCCGGGCCCCCGACGGCGCAGGCCCCGCCCUCACUCUUCCCCAACAUAGGACAGAUUGGAGGCGUCCCUAACGCUGCGGCAAGCGCAUCGGCCCCAUGGAGGGUGCGUUUGGCCACCAUCAAGAACUCGUUCCUGGGUUCGCCGAGAUUUCAUAGGCGGAAAAUGCAGACAUCAUCGGAGGAAGUUCAUCUGACGCCCGAAUCAUCACCGGAGCUGACGAAGAGGUCCUGGUUCGGGUCCCUCCUCCUGUCCGCUGACAAGGAGGAAACGUUCACGGCCCUCGUCAAAGGGAAACCUCUGGCCACCGUCAAAGCCGAUUUGAUACACGCCUUUUUGAGUAUAGCAGAAUUGUCGCACAGCGUUAUAAGUCCAAUGUCGUUCCGCGUCGAGUACAAGAGAGGGUCGAACGCGCCCGCCAUGUUCCAGAGGCACGUCAGGUUUCAGGUCGAUAUAUCGACUAUAACGAAGACAGCCGAGGAGAACGGGAAGGACAACUUGUUCGCGAUAACGUUCACCUUACUGUCGGGCAACAUCCGUCGGUUCCGUCGCGUGUGCGAGGUGGUGCAGGCGGCCGUGAGCCGGGCGUCCGGCGCCACGCGGCACGCCGUCCUGCACCCCCCCUCGCCCUGCGCGCACCGCCGACACGUGCACCCCGCAGCUUCCAACGAGAUCCCGGACAGUCCGGAGGCGCUGGGCGGGGAACCGGACAGCGACUCCUCAAUGUUCGACUCCAGGAGUCCGGCGCCCACGCCCACCAGCCACACCUCCAUAGACCAACUCGAUCAGAACGGGACACAUCUUCUAGGGUCCAGCUCUUCGGUGACCAGCGGCUCAAGUGGCUACAAACAGUGCGGAAGAAGACGACCGGCGGAACCGGCCUCAGCAUCACUCGACCGCGAGAUCAUGAGUUGUGGCCGUGAUAUACCCGAAUGCCGGGAGGCGGCCUCCUCGCCGCGCCGGGGGCUUGAGGCCCGCGACGCGUCACUCAAGGACGCCCUCCGGAGGAACAACUCGCUGAGGGAUCGGCGUGACGUCACUCCGACCACGACCAUCGCGUGAGACUAGUCCCGCAAACGGCUCCAGCCCCGACACGAAAGGGUUUUGAACGAUACGAAAAUAUAAAAAAAAAAAACGAUAUUGUCGGUUUUUACUACGUGAAACGAAAAAUCAUUUGUUUUAUCGAAUUCAUAAUAAUAUGCAUGCAUAUUGACGUAAAAUACCUACAUCUUUUUUUUUUUUUUAUCAAAAUAUUAAUUUCUUACUAGAGAAAAAAAAAACGAUCUAAUAAAUUCAUUCCAAUCAAUACGUAAAUUAGAAACAUUAUGUGUACUUUAUGACAUGUUUGAUUAUGAAGAAAAAAAACAAUAGAAAAAAAUAUUAUUACGAACGGCAACUAAUUUUUCUAUUGUUUUUUUUUUCCUAAAUAUAUUUGUUACAUUGUUAAUAUCGCUAAUAUACAUACAUAUCGAGGGGUGAACGGCGAUAUGGUUUAAGUGAUAUUUCGCUUAACACGCGCCAUUUAUCUUUGUAAUUAAAGGUCCCUUUUAUUUGGUAUCAGCAUCAACAAACAGUUCGAUGUUUUUAAUUGAACUUCAAUUAAGUUUACUCCAUUAAAAUACCUAAAGAAGUUUUUUUGUUAUGAUAUUUUUUCCAAAUUUUAAUUGGCUUUAAAUGGCUCUGCUAGAAAGUUGCAAAAAUGUCGCUUAAACCUAAAUAGUCUUUCACCUGUCGACGUACAAAUAACACGACAGUUUUGUGAUGUUUGUAUAUCUUGUAUAUUUGUGCGUUUUGUAUAACGACUGUAUGGUUGACUAUCGGACCCAUAUAUCAGUGUGCUUAGUCCGAGUUUUUUAACGUUCUCGAUAGCGUAAAAGUUAACUCAAAUUUCUAUCCACUUGGAAAAGCGCUCCUAGCGGCAAACGUAGGAAAACUUUCCAACUCCAUACAAAUUUGAGUUAACUUUUACGCUAUCGAGAACGUUAAAAAACUCGCAACAAGCACAUUAGAGACACGUUGUCGAGUUAGCAAACGAGUAUUGGUCGGGGAAAUGGAUCCUGUGCAGUCAUCUAAGGCGAAUCAUUCACAUUAUUCUGUAGUUCAGUUAUUCCCAUCACGUUGUCAACAUGAAAACGAUUAUCAUUGGUUAUAUUAUAGUUAUCGAAAUUAAUUUUUGCUGCUAGUGACGUCACGCCUAACGAAAUAGUGGUUUGUAAAGUUUGCGCGCCAAAUUCGUAUUAUUUUAUUACCUACGUCAUUAAAUGCUAAGACUUAAAACACGGGUAUUUAUUGAAUAUAAAAUAUCUCUCUCUAUCUCUUUCUAACGCGAACAUUAGAAAAGGAUGAACGAUUUGCUAUGCUUCCAGCAGUUUCCGGAGACGCACAACGCGCUAUGUCCGCCAUUAUAGUUUUAAUAAUUCAAUACCAAAAAAUUACUACACAAUAUCGUGAAAUCGAUACAUAAAUUUAUUAUUAUUUAUUCAUUUUCGGAUUGAGACUUAAUAACGCACAGAGAAGUAAAAAUAGUAAAUUAAAUAAAAAUUCGUUCCAGUUGAAAAAUAAUAAAAAAAUCAUUGCUUUGAUUUUAAAAGUCAUUCAGCAGCCAUUGCUCCGUGUUUAAUUAAAGCGUUCAUAAUUCGAGUAAAUGUAUUUUUUAAAUAAUAUAAAAUCUUCCAAAUUUUUUGUACUUCCAUUAAUUAAACACGAACAAAGCUUCCUAAAUAAUUUUAGAUUAAUGAUUGUCAAUUAAAUUGACGUAACCAUUUUGGCGAUUAAUUCAUUACCUACCCGUUUCCGGUGUAAGACUUUUCAACUGAUGUACUUUUAUUUCACUCAACGAAUAAAAUUAUCAUGAAUGAAAUACCAUUAUCGAAAGAUCCGGUCGAGAUUUCAAUUGUAUAAUAUGUAUAUAAAUCGGUACGGAAGACUGCCUUGCAGAAGAAAUAGGCGACAUUAAAAAGAAAAGGAUUUUGUGAAGAGUAUGAGUGGAACUCUAUCGAUUUCCAAUAAUGCUAGUUUUCUUUACGGAAUUUGUAUUAGGUUCGUGUAAAUUGAGGCCUUUAUUGAACACUGUGUGUGCUCAUUCUGUCAUUAAAAUGUUAAAAGGAUUAAAACGGUUAACAAAUGUCAUUUAAUACAAUGAGUUUACAAGCUAUCUUUUUAAUAAUUUAAUACGUAUUGAAAUUGCAUUCCGAUCUAGUUAGGAAAGAUGUUGGCUUUCAAGUUACUAAUAUUAUGUAAAUAAAAAUAAAUCAAUUGAUAAUUUGAUGUUGUGAACGGUGCCGGGAAACGUCGGGAAAAAUUUGAAAACCUCAAUCAAACUGAAGCACGCCAUAUAAUAGCAAACUUUCAAAACUAAAUUUCGAUUAACAAAGUUUUUUCCACAACACGACACAAUUAAAACACUUCGCGCCAUUUUGUCUGUAAAUGACUAAAUUCUUUCUUUUAAAACUAAGUUUCCUAAAUAAAGAAGCUUUAAUAUUUUGCUUAAAUGUAUUGUUGCGUAGAAAAAAAGAAUGGUCCUUUUAUAAAUUUGUACAAAUCUUCCAAAUAUGAAUCACGGCACAUCCAAAACGGCUAAUCAUCAAACCAAAAAUCAAAAAAUCAAAAUUGUCACUAACCUAUAAAAAUGGCGUCUUUUUAUUCAAAUAAUAGUGAAGUAGGUAGUACGGAUUGUGUGUUGUCUCUUUUUAGGACAUUGAAAUAUUCGUUAACAAGAGUAGCUCCGAUAGCGGACUUCAAUUUAUCUUAUUAUUGAUGCAUUAAUUUUGGAAAUCAAAAAUCAAUAUUAACGUGCUCACAUUAUAUUAUUUUUCUUUAAUAUUAAUGUAUCAAUCGUGAACUGCUGGAAUAUUGAUUGAUCGUUUAUCUUUCGUGUUCGAGAGAAGUAAAUAAAAUAAUCUAACAUAAAUUCUGAGUUGGAACUUACGUAAUCACUCCAAUAGUGACGAUCUAACAUAAUAAUGUUUUUUGACGUAAGUGAUUCAAAAUUAAAAUAUUUAUGAGAGUGAUAUUGGUUAAAACUCGACAUGAAUGAAUUAAAUUUCACAUCCCGAUAAACAAUUUUGUUUGAAGGAAAUUUUGAAGCUAUAUUUUUUACGCGGCAAACCUGACUGUUUUUACCCAAUUUCAAGUUUAAAUAGUUUUAGGGGCUAAUCUCAUUUGUAUGGUAAUCGUAAAUAAUGUGUAAAAUGCUGUAAUUUAUAGCUAAAAUUAAAUUAAUGUAUUAUUAUUAUGUAAAGUUAAAAUGUUGUUUCCAUUAAAUGAAAAGAUAUGAAACCGCCCAUAAUAUUAAAAAUAAAGCUACAAUAAUGUAUUAUGUACUGAAAACACUAUGUAGUUUAAGGCGAUUUAAAAAAAAAACGCUGUAUUUUUGCAAUGAUAAACUUAUUACAAAAUAUAAUAUGUAUAUGUACAUGAAGUAAGUAUAUGUGAAAUUGAAUAAUGUUAAUAAUCAAAUAUAUAUAUGAGUCAGUCAGCGCAACAGUGGUCUAAGCUUACCAUAGUUAGUAUGGAGAUAAUAAUUUUUUUUUAAACUGCUUCAUAGGAUAUACAAAUUCAAAUUCAAAAUCAUUUAUUUCAACUUAGAUGUCAGUAUGACACACUUGUUAAAUGUCAAAAUAUAAAUAACAACGUUAACUCUACCACCGGUUCCAAAAAAAAGCCACAGUCCUGAGAAGAACCGGCGAAACAAACUCUGCGGGCUUUUUUUUUGUUAUUCUCAAUUUUUUUUUUUAAUUAAUUAAAAAUAUUUACAAUAGAGGAAAAAUAAGUCAAAAAAUACAAUUAAAAAUAAUUAUUAUAUUAAUGAAAAAUGAAAAGCCCAGGAGCGAACGCCUCAUUCCCACGUAGUGCCAUCUAGUAAAUAAUCCUUAACUUUAUAACAUGCCUUGUUGCACAAACGUUCCUUGACAGUUUUCUUAAAUCUAUAAACAGGUAGAAAUUGAACGUUACAAAAACAAUACGCGCAAAAAUAAUGUUUACAAAGCCAUCUGUUAUCUAUGGGUGAAACUAGGGAUAGGCCGGUUUUGUAUCAAACAAUUAUAAUGUUUUAAAUAAAUUGCAAUAUAUACCUAAGCAGAAAUAUGAAAAGUUUGGCCACUUUUGCGCUGACAGCCUCAUAUGUAUUAUUUUUUUGCAGACUUUUGUGUUGUCUAGUUAUGGAUUGCGCGUUAAGGUUCGUCUGAAUAUGGGCAAGUUUUUUUUUUAUAGACAAAUAUAACACAAUCUAACAAUAUAUUUUUUUAUAAAAAAUUAUAACACAAUCUAACAACAAUCCGUUUACGAUUUCGUUCAACACAACAUCUGAUUUGAGUUGUUAAUGGAGAAUGUUUUGACUAUUUUUAUUUUUUAUUUGCGACUUAUUUACGUGAACGUGAUUUUUUUAUUAAAAUAAAUAAUAUGAACUCGGACUUCUAGUGGGUAGUGUUUGAUGACGGCUGGACGAACUCACGGCCCUCCUGGUGUUCAGUGGUGAUCGAAACCUUGAGAUGUGAGUUGUAGGUCUCAGUUCUUACAGUACAAAGGCUGCCACGCCCUUACAAGUACAUAUUUCAUUAGAAAAGUUGGUGUAUGGUACCCAUAACACAGGGAAUCCUAAUUUCGGGCAGGAUGACCUUAGAACCUAUGUCUCGAGGUAAAUGACGGCUUUUGCUAGUAGAUGUUUUUGGGCUCCGGUAACCACUUAACAACGAGGUGGGCCGUGAACUCGUCCAUCCAUCCAAGCAAUAAAAAAAACAGUUGCACUGUAAAUCAUUCAUUAUAGGAAUGAUAGGCGAACGAAUCCGUGUGUGCAAACUAGUGUCAAAUAAAAAUACAGUUUUGGCUAAAAUCUAUCUUGUCCAUAUGAGUUUUUCGCGUGUCUGAGACGGGAGUACUCAUAGUUGCUCAUGAGUAGUCAUGCGUACACUUAGAAGCACGUGAACUCGGAUCUAGUUUUUUAUUUGUUUGUUAUCUUUGGCGUUUACGAGAACUUCGCGAAUUAAAUGUGAAUUGUGAUUAAUUAAAAAAUAAUACAAGUGUAUAAUAUAUAUUUUAAGUGUAUAUAUAAGCAAUUUAGUUCUGAACGCACAUUAAGUUUUGGAUUAUUUUAGCGUUAGUCUGAAUCAGAGGUAUGUGUAUAUUUUUGUAAAUACACAAACAGACAUGCGAAUGUUUGUAUUAUGUAAGUUUUGUAUGGAUUCCGUGUUUUUUUUUUUGUAAAACUAUUCGUUCGUAAGCUUUUGUUGAAAAUUUUUGAAAUAUCCAUCAAUGUAAGUAAGUGUACCUAAUGACUAGAAAUAAUCCGUUUAGAUAGGUAAUUUGUAUAAAGAAUGUAUGUAAUUGACAUAAUGCUUUUUUACAUAAUUUAAUAUACAUAAUAUAUAUAUAAUGGAUUAUAUGUGUAUACAUAAUGCAUAUAAGUAAUUUUUUGUUUUUUAUGCUUCCAUUUUAGAUAUGUUUUUCAUUAAUUAAAUGGUUUUGUGUUCUUUGGUUAUAUUUUUUGUUUUUAAUUUGGUGCUAAAUUGGUUAUUUAUGUUUUAAUUAAAUGUUUCCAGUUUACUUUGUUUAAAAAACAUACCGGUGUGAGGUUCAAAAAUUAAGUUUGUUCCUACUGUUUAUCAAGUGAAAUGCGUCACAUAAAUCAAAAUGUCUUUUUUUUUGUCCAAAAUUGCCUAUUUAUCUCUUAAACUAGUGAUAGGGUGCGCUCUUUACACUUCGACACAAAAAUCCACGAUAAAAUUCGGCCCAAAUGCAACUCUAACAGUAACAUCACUAGUCCGUUCGUAUCGAUAAAGUAACACAAUAGAAUUUCACAUACAAUUCUACAUUGGGUUGUCUAUAUAUUUCCCCUCCCCCAAACCCCCUCUCGACUGUAAGAACUGUUACCUCAAUGCUGAUAGUCGCUUGCAAGAUACCGAUUACAUACAUAUAAAUAAAAUUGGAGUGUCUGUUUGUAAUAUUGAAAUAACCGCUUUUUACAUUUGCUACUGAAAAACUAGUAAUCUUUAUAUUUUCGUUAGAUUUUUUAAUGGAUCUUAAAAUUAUAUCAUGUUUAUUUAUACUUCGCUCUCAUGUGCCACGUCUGGUUUCGAGUAAGGAAAUUCACGACAGAUUAUCUAUGCAUAUAAAUAAAAUUGCAGUGUCUGUUUGUAAUAUUGUAAUAACCGCUUUUUACUACAUGCAUAUGAAUAUAUAUACGGUACAUACACCAAAAUAUUUUUUUUACAAUUUUUAAUCUCUGGAACGGCUGGACCGAUUUUGAUGACUUUCACCGACAGGUAGCUGAUGAUAUAAGGAGUAAUUUAGGCUACUUUUUUUAGACUAGCUUCGCCCCGCGGUGUCACCUGCGGUACGAAAAUAACCGCGGGUAACAUCGCGGGACUCAGCUAUCAAUAAUAAAAUUUAAUGUUUCCGAAGCGAAGCGAGGGCGGGUCACUAGUAAAUAAAGAAAAAAGAAAGAAAAAAAUAUGCAAAUAUAUUUUUUCCUUUAGUUUGCAUAUAUACCUUGCAUUGUUAUGUUUAAUCUAUAGUGAAGUUUUUUUUUUGUUAAUAUAACUUAGCGUCAUUAUUGUAAUGAUAAUUGGGACUGACAAAAUACGAAUGCCGUAUCGGAUGUCGUUGUACAGGAUGUUAGUAUUGAAUGGGAUUUAAUAAUUUGCGUUUGAAUUAUCGCUUGGUUCAUGAGUCAAUGUUUAGUUUGAUGUCAAAAAGUCAGGUUUCUCUCGACUGGCUAUCACGCUGGUAGGUAGCAGGCUAUACCGCUUAUUUAUGCCAUGAAGCAGUAAUGCGUUUCGGUUUGAAAGGCAAGGCAGCCGUUGUACUGAAAAACAAUAGUUUAAAAAAACUAACAAAAUACGCUUUUAUAGAAAAUCCAACUAAAAUAAAUUUUAAUGAAUUUGAAUUAAAAAUAGUGUAAGAAAAAUUGAUUUUAUUGUAAAAAAACCGUGGGGUGCUUUUCAGGAUAUUAUCAAUAUAACCCUUCUACACCUAUCUGUUCAUAAAAUAUUUAUAACUACUGAUACCAUGCAUAUAUAUGUAAAGACGUGUUAACUUACUGGCACACAAACCUUUUGUCGUCAAACUGAUACCUGGCUUAUUCAAAGUCCGAAACACUAAAAAUAUGUUUUAAAAAAAAUAUAUUUCUUUCGAUUAACUUUUCAUUUCCAAAGUCUAAAGUUAUUGUGAGAAUUGAGACGUGUAUGUAUUCAGUUUGAAAAGUGUCAUUGAUGCUGUUUGCGUGAGAUGAAGCCCAUAAUUAUACAAUUUCGUUAUUUGGUUUUGACAAUUAAUUAGCUGGACGAAUUUGUGAUUUAAGUUUUCGAUAAACGCGAGAAAAAAUGUCUGUGACCCAUUAAGCUUUCGAAGAUAAGUUAAUUUAUGUAUUUAUGUAUCCGUUAUGUAAUUGAACUUGUAAAUGUGUGUACGCUGCGCUAUUGAAUCUCAUUGUAAUUGCUUUAAAUAAACUUACUGGUUGAUAUUGAAAAAAAAUUAAAAAAAAUACAUUUGAAAAUA